AUGCCAGAUGGUCACUUCACAGUCCCAAAAAAUGCUAGUUUAAAUCAGUCAUUAUUACUAUUAUACUCAAUAGUACGCAUCCAACUAGAAAAUAUUAAGGAAAGGGUAUCAAAUGGCACAACAACAAAUGCCUCAGCCGAAAAAAUACUUAUUUCAGUUCUAAACUACCUUCGUGAGGGCUUAAAGACUAUUGGAAAACAUUUUAAUAUUGACAAUUACAAUGAACUCAAAAACACCGAAGUAAUUUCCAAAUAUGAAGACGUUAAGGGUUUGGACCGCGAUAUUAAAGAUAUAUUAAUGGGUUUACAAAGUAAGACAUCUCAGAAGGGCUCCGAUAAAGUUUGGAUGUCUAGACUCAAACUAAAUUUCAAAAGAAGCAACAAGAAUUUUGAGCGAGAAAGAAGCGCUAAGGAGCAGAGUGAAGAUGAAGAAUUACUGAGGGAGACCGCUAAGAUUCUGCAAGAUGCAGAAGAAAGAGCUACUUUGCAACUUGAAGGUGAGCAGAUGCGUAUCGAGAACCAGUCAAAAAUGGAGGGUAAAGACAAAUAUCCGAAGACAAGAACGAAACGGGAAAGUGUUUUGGGAACUCAAUACAGGAAAUCGAUGGAUAGCGAACUUAGGAGAAACGUUAGUAAUUCUUCAAGACGGAUUAGUUUAGAUGGCUAUAAAGGCAGAUCAGGAGAUUACACGGUAUAUAAUGCACCAGAAAUUAAUAAGGCUGCGCUGCUUGCAUGGGGUAAUCAAAUUUCAGAAAUGACUCCAACAGGACAAAGUGGAGAAAGGCAUGGUCAACAGAAGAAAACACCGCAACUGAAAGCGAAACCUAAAUACGUCUACAACAAGCCAACAAUUAGGAGGCCUGUAAUUAAGACAAUGGCAAAGUCUAUGCCUGUGUCAAGAUCUUCUUACUCUAACGGUGUGACUGAGAUCAGUGUCAGCGAUCCUGAUGAUAGGGAAAAAAGCGACUAUUAUUCAGAACCGACCAGUCCGACCGUGGAUCAACCACCCAUAAAACUAUCCCCAUUCGAGCAGCGAGUCAAAACUGCAAUGGAUAAUAUGGACGGUGUAGAUGACAACGUCUGCCACCAAAUUCUCAACGAAAUAUUAAUUACUGACGAAAAAGUAUUUUGGGAUGACAUUUCCGGUCUAGAGAAUGCCAAAGGCGCCCUAAAGGAAACCGUAGUAUAUCCGUUUCUAAGACCGGAUCUUUUUCAAGGGCUCCGUGUGCCGGUAUCUGGCAUUCUACUUUUUGGACCUCCAGGAACCGGAAAGACUUUACUAGCCAAAGCCGUUGCUACGGAGUCAAAAUCCACCUUCUUUAGCAUCAGCGCCUCGUCAAUUCUAUCCAAAUACUUGGGCGAGUCCGAAAAAUUGGUCAAGGCGCUAUUCUACCUAGCAAAAGAACUCGCUCCCUCUAUUAUCUUUGUCGACGAGAUAGACUCAUUAUUAAGCGCCAGAACUGACAACGACAACGAAUCUUCAAGAAGAGUGAAAACAGAAUUCCUUAUACACUGGUCAUCAUUGUCCUCUGCCAGCACAACCUCCCAAUUGACGCACACAAAACAAGUACUUGUCCUUGCUGCCACAAACACCCCAUGGGACCUUGAUGAAGCAGCAAGACGGAGAUUCUCCAAGAAGAUCUAUAUACCCUUACCAGACCGCGACACCCGCUACUACCAUUUAAAACGUCUCAUGGAGUACCAGAGGAACGACAUAUCAGAAGAUCAAUUCCAGGAAAUUACAAAAGCAACCCAGGGCUACAGCGGUUCUGACUUGACCUCUCUUGCCAAAGAUGCCGCAAUGGAACCCAUAAGAGACCUUGGAGAAAGGCUCAUCGAUAUCAACCUUGAGCUUGUUCGUCCCGUUGUCCUACAAGACUUUGUAAAUGCAAUGAAGAAAAUAAAACCAAGCGUUUCUCCGGACUCAUUGCUCCGCUUCGAAGAGUGGACAAAAAAUUACGGCAGUACAUAG